ACCAUUCUCUUUCCCCAAAAGAUUCAGCAUAUUAUUCAAAACCCCAACUUCUCCCCCUUCUUUCUCCCCUCUCUCUCUCUCUCUCUCUCUCUCUCUCUCUCUCCUCCUUUGACUUACGUACACUUUCUUCAAUUCUGUCAAUUGUCUAUCUGGUCGCUUGAAAUGGACACUGGAGCACAGUAUAAUCCACGAACUGUUGAAGAAGUUUUUAGGGAUUUUAAGGGUCGACGUACUGGUUUAAUUAGGGCUCUUACAACUGAUGUUGAUGAUUUCUACCAGCAGUGUGACCCAGAGAAAGAAAAUCUUUGCUUAUAUGGGCUCCCUAGUGAACAUUGGGAAGUCAACCUUCCUGCUGAGGAGGUGCCUCCUGAGCUUCCAGAGCCUGCCUUAGGCAUUAACUUUGCAAGGAAUGGAAUGCAAGAGAAAGAUUGGCUAGCUUUGGUUGCUGUUCACAGUGAUGCGUGGUUGCUAUCUGUUGCAUUUUAUUUUGGUGCUAGGUUUGGUUUUGACAAAGCUGACAGGAAACGAUUGUUCAAUAUGAUCAAUGAACUCCCUACAAUAUUUGAGGUUGUGACUGGCGUCGCUAAGAAACAAGUGAAGGAGAAAUCUUCAGUUCCUAAUCACAGCAACAAGUCAAAGUCAAACUCCAACUCCAACUCUAAAUCGACCAACAAGCUACAAAAGGCUACUCCACCAAAGGAAGAUGAUGAAGUCGUAGAUGAAGAGGAAGAGGAAGAGCAUGGGGAUACUUUAUGUGGGGCUUGCGGAGAAUCUUAUGCAUCAGAUGAGUUCUGGAUCUGUUGUGACAUAUGUGAAACCUGGUUCCACGGCAAGUGCGUGAAGAUCACACCUGCAAAAGCGGAGCACAUCAAGCAGUACAAAUGCCCGUCUUGCAGCAGCAACAAAAGAAGCCGGACGUGAAAUACAUCGUUUCUCAUAGCCCUUGUCCAACUCCGACAAUGUUGUUGAUCAUGGCUUGCUUCUGCUCGGCAUUUAUGCUUUUUAUAUCGGCUCCUUGUGCAUGUUUAACUCGUUUUUAGGAUCUAGGAUGUUCGGUAGAGGACUCAAAAACUGCAUAAGCCUGUAGAUUAUGUUUUAUAUAUUUCCAUCUAAAACACUAGUGACCCUGUUUGCAAACAUCAUUAUUCUUGUUUUAUUGUAUGAGUUUGCAUAUUGUAAGUACUCUAUUAGAUUGCCUUAUCAGAUUAUAGUGCAAAAAUGCGCAAACGGUUUCGUUUGUGGUGUUGACCCGGCAA